AUGUUACAGGCAGGAAAUGGUUGUGAUGAGCAUUGUGAUAUGGAUACAAAAUAUAAAGACAAAGUUACAGUUUUGAAGACCAGAGCAGUAAACUAUCUGCUUACAAAAUUAAGAGACAAAGAGACCUGUGCCAAAGAUUUCAUGAUUCAUGGUGACAGGCUUAUGCGCAUCUUGGCAGAGGAGGCCCUUGCCAGCUUACCAAAUGUUGGCUAUGGCACAGUAGAUACACCAUGUGGAAAAAGUAAGGGUUUGGUCAAAAAGGGGGAGCUGAAGCUUUGUGUUGUCUCCAUUCCAAGGUCUGGUGAUAUUCUUCAAGAAGCUGUAAGACAAAUAAAACCUGGGGUGAGAAUUGGGAAGAUACUAAUACAGCGAGAUGAGUCUACUAAAGAUAAAAGGCCUAUAUUGUAUUACAAGAAAUUACCGAGGGAUAUUUCUGAAUGUUUUGUCAUUCUGGUUGAUCCAAUGUUGGCUACUGCUGGCAGUGCCAAACGUGCUAUUGCAGUUCUAAUUGAGGCUGGAGUGAAAGAGGAAUGCAUUAUGUUUCUUAAUCUUGUCUGUUGUCCUGAAGGAAUAAAAAAUCUUUUUUGUGCAUAUCCAAAUGUUUCAGUCAUGACAGGUGCUAUUGACAAAUGCUUGAAUGAACACAUGUUCAUAGUACCAGGAUUAGGUGAUUAUGGAGAUAGGUAUUAUGGUACUGUUUAG